AUGACGCGCUACACGAAGCUGGGCGGGCGCAAGCCGGCGCAUCUCGCCAGCAGUGCCGAGCAGCAGGCGCAGGCGCAGCGCUACGCCAGUGCCAGUGCCUCGCCGCCGCCGCCGCAGCAGCAGCAUGAGCAUGGCGCCUCUUCCUCGUCGCUCGCGCCACUUGCAUCCGGCGCACCAGCGUCGCUGAAGCGCAAGGCCGCCGCCGAGGCAGACGAGGCAGACGAGGCUGCUGCGGCGCAGGCGCAAGCCGCCGCCGCCGCCGCCGCCGCCGCAGAAGCACCGUCGGCCUCGGCGCUGCUCAAGCGCGCAAAGCUGCUGCGCCUCAAGGCCAAGAAGGCCAAGGAGCCGCUCAAGCGCGCGGCGCUGCAGCGGCAGGCCAAGGAGAAGGAGCAGCAGGCGAGCAUGGCGAAUGGCGAGGCGGGCAGGAAGGGCGAGAAGGACAGGCGCACAAAGCAGCAGCUUUCGCGCGGCGAGGAGCAGGAAAAGGAGGGCAAUCCGUGGAAGAGAAUGGAGGCUG